AUGAUCAAACGCUCUUCGCGACCUCCACCCAUCAGAUCCAGCGAGAGUCCUAUCGCCCCGGACUCAGACGACCUGGCUACAUACGACCCUUCUGAAGGGCACGCACCGGACACGCAGUCCUUGUCCGCUUCCAUCACCGACUACCCAACGCACUGGGGUCGGCGCUACCAUCGCUACCGCGAAGGCUCCUACCUCUUCCCCAACGACGAGCCAGAGUCCGACCGGCUAAACGACCAGCACGAGAUAUUCAGCCAGUAUUUUCAGGGUAAACUGUACUGGGCACCGCUCGACCCGGAAACAUGCUUCAACGUCCUUGACAUCGGCACGGGCACUGGCAUUUGGCCGAUUGCUCUCGCCGAGUCGAAUCAGCUGCCCAACGCCAGCAUUACGGGCAUUGACCUCUCCGCCAUUCAGCCCGAGAUGGUGCCCGAAAAUGUCACGUUCGAGAUCCAAGACUGUUCCGACGCGGACUGGCUGCGCGACCCAGGCCAGAUGGACUACAUCCAUUCGCGCUUCAUGCGGCUCCAUCAUCUCAUGGAAGCAAUUGAUCCGUACGUCCUACAGCCACUUGCGACCUGGCACUGGGCAUCUCGAGCUGCACGAGAUCGACCCGCAACCACAGUGCGAUGA